UAAAGAUGGGGGAGCAAGGUGAUUGGUUGGAGGAUAACAGAGGAGACUGGGUGGCCAUCUUGGAUUCCCAGACCCAGACUGCUGCAACCAAGGGCCCAGGGGACAACAUCACUGAGCAGGCCAGGACCAGAGGCGAGAUAGUGGAGGUCAGUGGAUGGGACAGCGACCUCAACUCUGGGCUGGGGAACAACACUGUUAACCGCAACCAGAAACAGACAGUCGAACACAAAACCACAACCGAACUUAGUCUUCAUGGCAACAGACUGGAUGAAACCAGGAUGAGGCGUAGAUUUGGUCUGCAGGGACGGGGAGGUGUCCGUAUGAGAACAGACACAGACUCGGCUAGCGAUGCUCCUUCCUGCUCCUAUAGUUGUGAUUCAGAGAGACUGAUGGGGCCUCAGGUUAACCCCCUAACAGGUGCUGCCUUCAGCCUGCCUUCUAUGGGAUCUAUCAACUGGAACAUGGACCCUGCGACAACACAGACACUCCCUGGCCUUCAUCCUCCUCACACUCUCCUAAUGUUAAACCAGACCUCAGACAAUGCCAGUGCCUCAACAUUAAAUGGCUGCACAAGCCCAUUGACAAAUGACAGUAGUAGAGAUGGAAUGAGUAAAGGUGGCAGCGCCAAAGAGAAGCGCUUCCAGUGUUCGUUCUGUGGGAAAGCCUUCAGUUUCCCCAAACAGGUGGAGAUCCACCAGAGGAUGCACACGGGGGAGAAACCGUUCGGCUGCCAUCUGUGCCGGGCCAGUUUUUCUCAAUCGUCCAGCCUGAAUAGGCACCAGAGAGUCCACACAGGGGAGAAACCCUACAGCUGUACCCAGUGUGAGAAGAGGUUCUCCCGCCAGCACCAGCUGAAGAUGCACCUGAAGGUCCACACAGGAGAGAGGCCAUUUGCCUGUAUGCACUGCGGGAAGAGGUUCUCAGAGAAGAGCUACCUCAGGAUACACCAGCAGAAAAUGCACACGGCCCAUGUAUAGAGUAUAGUGACAUGUAAUGUAGUUAAUUAUGUUGUUUUUAUAUGUAGUGUGGAACUGGAUGAUGUGAACUGAGGAAAGAAUGAGUAUGAUGAGGCAGAGUAGAUGAUAUAGUGAUGGUUGGUGUGAAUAGUGUCUGUAAAAAUGCUUCACUGAUGAAGAGUGACAACCUGUCAUGUUGUAUGAUCUGGUGUUUUAUAAUGAGUGCCUUAGUUCAUGUUUACUUGGCAUAAAGUAGUGAAGAUGUGUGUAAUGUAAGGUUGAACCUUUUCCCAAAGUAUUCUGGUUACCAUAUUGAGAAAAGUUAUUAUUCUGGUCACGUAUCGUUUUUGCAAUAAAAGUACUGUA